AUGGCAUAUAAAAUUUCAACAGAAAUAUUAAUUAUAGUUUUAAAUAAUGUUCAAUCAUCUCGUUCAACUCAAGAUUUAUAUUCAUCAUUAUUGGUUAAUAGAAUCUGGUGUAAAUUUACUAUACCUUUACUUUGGGAAUUAACUUUGGGUCAAGAAUAUUAUACGGAACAUGAGUUGAGGAAGAAAGCAUUAUGUAUUCGAACUUAUAUAUCGUGUAUGGAUACUCAAGUUAGAAAUUUACUUAUCCAAAAUAAAUUUGAUUUAUCAUCAUCACCACCUCAAGCUAUUUUCGAUUAUCCAUCAUUCACCCAUAAAUUUAUAAUUAAUAAUUUAGUUUAUUUUGUUUCCAUAUAUUCACAACAAAUUGUUAGUCCAGAUCAGGAAAAUAGCAAUAGUGAUGAUGCUGAUGAGGAAAUCGUCACCACCGAAUCGAGAAUAUUAUUUCAUGAAAUAUGCAAAUUAAUAAUAAAUCGUUGUACAUUUUUGGAUUGUUUUAAAUUGGUGAGAGUUCCCAAGUGUUUUUUAAAAAAUAUUUAUCUACGUUAUGGUGAUUUAAUUGGUUCAAUUCUCAACUUACCUGGUGCCCCGAAAGUUUUUAAAAAAUUAGAAAGUUUUACAUCGACAAUAAGAAGAAAUCUUAAUCUGACUGAACCUUUAUACGAAUCAUUAAAAUUAAUUUGUGAUAAUAUUUUAAGUAUGGAUUUAUCUUUGAAUUCAGAUCCUCAAAUCGAAUCAUUAGAAAAACUUAUUAUUGUUCAAAAAUGGUUAGAAAAUUUAUCAAUUGCUGGUAAUUUUUAUCGACUUCCUAAUUCAUUAUUUUGGGCCAUCAUUAGUCGAAAAGAAACAUUAAAGAGUCUUCGUUUAGAUUUAGUAGAUUUUUCUAACUUCAAAGGAAAAUUGGCAUCAAUUGGACAAUUUAUUUCACUUCAAGAACUUUAUAUUAAACAUUGUUACAGAUUACAUAAUUCGGACUGUUUAUUCUUGGCUUCAUCAUUUACUCAAUUGAAUAGUUUUCAUUAUUUUCAUUCUAGACAUAUAGAUAGUUAUCCUCGAGAAUUUAUUAUAGAAAUUCUCCAAACGGCAAAUAUAAGAAGUUUUUCGUUUGAUUGUGGAGAAGAAUUCGAUGCUGAUGAAUUAUUAUGUCAAAUAACCAAGAAUGUGCCAGAAUCACUUGAAAUUAUUGAAAUUAGAAUGGAUUAUAAUGAUCCAUGGAUAUUUAGUGCUGAUAGUUUAAGAAUAUUUCUUGAGGGGUGGUGUUGUAAAGGAGGAGGAAAUAAACCUAGAAUAUUACGUAUAAAACGAUCAUUAAAACUGAAUGAUUUUAUGCCACCAUUAAAUUUGGUAACAAUAAGUAGUGAACAUUUUAAAGUUAUUGAAGAAUAUGGAAUUCGCUUUGAUAUGGAAUAA